UAAUUCCCCUCCUGCUGACACCACCGCUUCAUGGAUUACCUCUGGCUGAGCGAGCUUUAGCAGUCUGGAGCGGGGAGGCACUGUGCCCCUGGGCAGCAAAGCAGAGGGCUGCAGACCGGAGCAGGAUCCCACUGUCGUGCCACAACAUCCCUCUGUUGGUCCUUCCAGCUCCCACUUCUGUCCAGCAAGAGCAGCAAGUUCUGUUAACAGGCUUCCAGCAGGAGGAGUUGAGGCAAAAAGCACUUACCCCUAAAAUGGAGACUGGCCAGGUCAUGAAAAGGAAGAUGUGGUGUGGCUGCCUGUGUUAGUAGGGGACUGUAUUUGGUGACCUCAGAGACCCUCGUCAGCCCUGCAGGAGCUCCCGUGGCUGCAGGCUGGAGCCAGAGAGCAAAAUGCUGGAGAAGAUUCAGAAGGCGCUCACGAUUCGUAGCGGCACCGUCAGGGAGCUGCUGGCAGAAGCACUGGGGAUGUUCAUCCUCAUGGUCUUCGGCUUGUCUUCUGUGGCACAAGUGGUAUUAGGAAGAGGAGACUUUGGGCAGCAUCUAAGCAUCAAUUUGGGAUUUGGCAUUGGUGUUACCUUGGGCAUCCAUGCAGCUGGAGGAAUCUCUGGAGCUCACCUGAAUGCUGCCAUCACCCUCACACACUGCAUUUUAGGAAACCUGCCCUGGAGAAAGCUCCCAGCUUAUCUGAUCGGCCAGUUCCUGGGCUCCUUCACGGCAGCAGCCACCGUCUUUGGCCUCUACUAUGAUGCUCUGUAUGACUACACCAAGGGGAACUUUACAGUGACGGGACCAACCGCCACGGCGUCGAUCUUCUCUACUUAUCCCGCUCCCUAUGUAUCCUUGCUGGGGGGCUUCUUCACAGAGUUUAUGGCGACGGUGAUGCUGCUCUUGGGCAUUCUGAUCAUCCACGACGAGAAAAACAACGGAGCCCUGAAAGGCACGCAGGCCCUACUCACGGGUAUCCUCGUCCUGGGCAUUGGCUUGGGAAUGGGGAUGAACACAGGCUACGCCAUAAACCCCUCUCGGGACUUGCCCCCCAGGCUCUUCACGGCAAUUGCUGGCUGGGGAAUGGAUGUCUUCACGGCUGGACAUCACUGGUGGUGGGUCCCACUCACAGCUCCGAUGCUGGGAAGUCUUGCUGGUGUUUUAAUCCACAAACUCUUCAUUGAUUUUCACAACCAGCCUGUCCCGGAAAGUGGAAAUGAGAAAGGACAGCCAGUGGUGGAGACUUCUACGCUGUGAUGGCCGCAUGCUCCAGGGAAAGGGCCUGACAGCAAAGCCUAUGUGAAUGUAUGGACUGACAACCAAAGGGUAACCAAGUAGAAAAGGGCACGUGCAAUGGUGCUGCCGGAGCACACCGUUUCUCCACCCUGCAGGUGGAGAAAUGAGGCACUAGUCUUCAAUAAACCUACUCUGCUUAUCCAGACAACCUGGGUCUCCGGGACACUGGGCAGAUCCCAGUAGGGCUAGACCUGUCUGUGACCAAAAGAAAUUAUUCAAUCUCCCUGUGUAAAAAUCUACC